AUGAAGAAGCACCUGACUUCCACUCACCUCUUCCAGCAGCACUGCUUGAGGGCUGGAGGGAUUUGCUACACCCUGACCGAGGUCGAGGGUAUGGGUGUUGUUCCUCCAGAGAGCAGCGCUGGAAGGAAAGAAGACCGGGAGUGCUUGCUGGCUCCCACAGACAUGCAAGCUGGCCUUCUGGAAAUGGGGCAGGGAACCACUGCGGUACUCAUGGUCGAAGGCAGGCAGGAUGAGCUGGUGCGGCUUGCACCAGCUCUGCUCCAUGCGCAUCCUGCAAUAACUGUCUCCCAAAUCAUGGAAAGAACCCUUUGGCACAACCUUAACUCUGUAAAGAGUCAGAAUGCAACCACAGUGACAACAUUCAUCCUCUUGGGUUUUACAGAGAAGCCUGAACUAGGUCCUUUCUUCUCCAGUAUCUUCGUUCUUCUGUACAUAUUCACUGUACUGGGCAAUGGCUGGAUAGUCACUUUGAUCAGAGCUGAACAGCAUCUUCACACCCCUAUGUAUUUCUUUAUCAGUAAUCUCUCCCUUUUGGACCUCUGCUAUUCCUCUGUCAUUGCUCCCAAAGCCCUGGAGGUUCAACUUCAGAGGGGCAUGGCAACCAUUUCCUUGCCAGCUUGUGCUACCCAGAAGUUCUGUUUCACUACCCUGGUGACUGCCGAGUGCUUCCUCCUGGCAGCCAUGGCUUAUGAUCGCUUCUUGGCCAUCAGUCACCCAUUGACCUAUACCUUGCUCAUGACCCAAGGGCACUGUCUCCAGCUAGUACUUGGGGCUUACAGUUGUGGACUUCUUGGUUCCAUGAUUCAGACUAGUGGCACUUUCCGCUUGUCCUACUGUGGCCCCAAUCGGAUCAACCACUUCUUCUGUGACAUCCCUGCAGUCCUGAAACUCUCCUGCUCAGACACUCAUCUUUCUGAAGCUAUUCUGUUCGCCUCCACAAGCAUCAUUGCUGUGGUGACCACAGCCAUCAUCUUCAUCUCAUAUAUGCGAGUUCUGUGGAGUGUUCUCAGAGGUCACGCCAGUGAAGGGCGGCGAAAAGCCCUCUCUACCUGCACUUCCCACUUCACUACUCUUAGUCUCUUCUAUGGCACCGCCAUUUUCAUGUAUGCUCAGCCAAGGACCAAAGGAUCACAAGACCAAGACAAAGUGGUUUCCAUGUUCUAUACACUGGUGAUUCCAAUGCUUAAUCCACUUAUCUACAGCUUGAGGAACAAGGAUGUGAAGGAAGCCAUGAAGCGCCUGAUGAGCAGGAAGAUAAGAGGUCUGGCUGUUAAGUGAUAUUUAGGGAGAAAGCUUUCCACUUUGGUACACAGAGACCCU